AUGGGCUAUAAAAGCCUGGCCAUCCCCCCAGGCAGGACCUGCACACCAGGAAGCACUGGCAUGAGCCAGGCACCAGGAGCUGGGACAGGGAAGCUGAGGAUUUCCUCCAAGUUGGACCUGGAGCAUCCCUUGGGACCUCGUGCUCCCAUCGCCAGGUUCUACACAGCCCUGGUCACAGGAGACCUGAGGAGCCUGCAGCUCCUGACUGAGAGGUACCACCAAGAUGUCAACCUGGUCUUUGAGAUCAGUAAGAACCAGCUGGAGUGGCAGGUGAAAAGCCAGGCCUCCUAUGGACUCUCAGGGCUGUGGGCUCUGGAGGAGCGCCUGGAGCUGAGCUCCCCUCUGUGCCUGGCCGCCCGCCACGGCCACCCCGACUGCCUGCGGCACCUGCUGCGCCGCGGGGCCGACCCCAACCUGGCCCCGGGGGGAGAGGCUCCCCUGCACCAGGCCUGCCUGGGGGCGCACAGCGACUGCGUGGAGCUGCUGCUGGAGUACAGGGCCCAGCCCAACCUGCUCAGCGAGCGCGGCACGGCCCCGCUGCACCUCUGCACUUCGCGGGACUCCCUGCGGUGUGCCAAGCUCCUGCUGCUGCACGGGGCGGCCGUGGAGCUGCCGAGCGAGGUGGGAGGUGACACUGCCCUGCACGUGGCCGCCAGGCACCGUCUCUGCCACCACGCCCGCCUCUACCUGCGGCGCUGCGCCCACGUCGACGCCCGCAACGCGCGCCAGGAGACGGCGCUGGGCGUGCUCUGCGGGCAGGCCCCGGCCCAGGACGACCAUUCCCUGCAGCUUUUCCAGCUGCUGCUCAACCACGGCGCCGACAUGGAGGCGCGGGACGAGAGCUGGAGGCGGCCCCUGCACCGGGCCUGCGGGGCGGCCAACGCCGAGCUGGUGCGGCUGCUGCUGCGGCGUGGCGCCGACGCCAACGCCAUCGACUACGACGGCGUGUCCCCGCUGGGCUGGGCCCUGCAGGCCGCGGCCUCCCGCCCCGAGCUGCGGCCACACCGCACCGUGCAGCUGCUGCUCAACCACGGAUCCCAGAGGAUUUGGCCGUCGGCCUUCAGCAAGGUGCUGAGAUCCUGUGCAGCUGUGCCAGAGGUCAUCGAGGUGCUCUUCAACUCCUACUCCCAAAUCCCGGUGUCCCAGGAGUGGAGAGAGGCCGUGCCACAGGAGGUGUUCCAGCAGCACCAGGCGUUCUACGAGUCGCUGCUGGGGCUGGCGGGCGCGGCGCGGAGCCUGCAGCACCUGUGCCGCGCCACCAUCCGGGCACACCUUGGGGACAAGUGCCACUGCCUCGUGCCCCUGCUGCCCCUGCCCAGGGCCCUGCAGGAAUUCCUGCUGCUGGAGCCCCGGGGAGUGGUGCUGUGA